ACCCGCGGCCCCGUGACCCGCGCGGGGCGGGCCAGGCCAGCCUGCGCUGUUGCUGCCGCAGCGGGAGGUGUCUGCGUCGAAAUGAAGCUUAUUAUCCUGGACCACUAUUCUCAGGCCAGCGAGUGGGCCGCCAAAUACAUCAGGAACCGCAUUAUCCAGUUUAACCCAGGACCAGACAAGUACUUCACCCUGGGGCUCCCCACUGGGAGCACCCCACUUGGCUGCUACAAGAAGCUAAUUGAGUAUUAUAAGAAUGGAGACCUGUCCUUCAAAUAUGUGAAGACCUUCAACAUGGAUGAGUACGUGGGUCUUCCUCAGGACCACCCAGAGAGCUACCACUCCUUUAUGUGGAACAACUUCUUCAAGCACACAGACAUCCACCCAGAAAACACCCACAUUCUGGAUGGGAACGCGGCCGACCUGCAGGCCGAGUGUGAUGCCUUCGAAGAGAAGAUCAAGGCUGCAGGCGGGAUUGAGCUGUUUGUGGGAGGCAUCGGCCCCGACGGACACAUUGCCUUCAAUGAGCCAGGCUCCAGUCUGGUGUCCAGGACCCGUGUGAAAACACUGGCCAUGGACACCAUCCUGGCCAACGCUCGGUUCUUCGAUGGAGAUCUCGCCAAGGUGCCCACCAUGGCCCUGACGGUGGGCGUGGGCACUGUCAUGGAUGCCAGAGAGGUGAUGAUCCUCAUCACAGGCGCUCACAAGGCGUUCGCUCUGUACAAGGCCAUCGAGGAGGGCGUGAACCACAUGUGGACCGUGUCCGCCUUCCAGCAGCACCCCCGCACCGUGUUUGUGUGUGAUGAGGAUGCCACCCUGGAGCUGAAGGUGAAGACCGUCAAGUAUUUCAAAGGUUUAAUGCUUGUUCAUAACAAGUUGGUGGACCCCUUGUACAGCAUCAAAGAGAAGGAAACAGAGAAAAGCCAGUCUUCUAAGAAACCGUACAGCGAUUAGCCUGCGCUAACCCUGCUGUCAGAGACCUCCUGAAGACAGACUUGGGUUUCUUCCACCCAGUGUGAUUACUCCAGGUUAAUGACUGAACUUACUGUUCCCGGGGGCAUGGCGUGAGGUCCGGUGCUGGAGUUUAGCCACGGGAAAAGUGACUUGUUGUAACAAUCAGGGAAAAAAAUCUCUCCAUAAUUUUGAUACCUGCUCCACAGAAAUUAGGGGUUUUUAGUUUUUUGUUCUGCCUGACACUUCACACGUAUCACACACUCCUGUCGGGAGUUCCUACCAUCAUGCAGAGAUUCUCAUUUCGGGGGAACAGGGACAUGUGGUACUGGACAAAGCCUCUUUGGGGGGCUGGAGAGCCCCUCUUGAGCAGCCUCCCCCCCACUUGAGAGUCACUGUUGCAGGUGAGUGAACAAAUCCUCAAUGUCUACAGUCAGCAUAAGGGGCAGUCCCUGGGUCAGCAACAAGCGCCAGGCAAGGAAUUCGGUCACUUACCUCCUUUCCUCAGUUCUCUCUGUCAAUUGGCCUUUCCGUGAACUCAGAGGACUCCUUGGGGGAGGAUUUGGGAGGAUAGGGCUAAGGAGAAGGCUUUGCUGAUCAACUCAGAGCCUCAGGGGGCCCGGAGACGUCAAACGCCCUCCCUCAGGGACCCUCCAGCGCCGAGAGGAAGCCGGAGGCCCUUUUCCCACUGGAGCCCUGUGUUCUUGUCCCCAGGUCUCACAGUGGCUCCCCAUCUUAGACCGAUCGGUGUGAAAAUCGCUGGGGCCAUGGACACUGGCGCACUUCUAGUGUGGUGCUCGGCCAGGGGGACAGGGCCUGGGGCAAGCAGUGCCGUUAUGAGUUUGGUCCCAACAUGAGUGCCACAUUCUCCUGCCUCCCUAGGGGCUGAGUGCCCAGACCACACACAUGCUCCUGAAGUCCUUUCCCGCCUCAAACACCCUGCCCGGCCGGCCCCUUCCAUCUGUGAUUGUGCUGUCGUUGUAUUCUAAGCUAAUAGAUCAAUGUUUACAAUGUGACAUUUUCUAUUAAAUCCAGUAUUUUCAAAUGUG